GUUGAGGGUACAGUAGCUGUAAGCGCUCCUCGUCUUCCUCCGUUAUUAUCAAACAUUCCACGUGCGGUGAAUAGGUAGACAACACCGUCACCGGUAUACUGGCGCCUACAAUGUAACCACGAACAAUGUUUACUGGAACGUGAUCGGUAGUGUUGUAUGAUUUGAAUAUGCAACAGAUUGAGCGGCGCUGUUUAUCGUUCAGAGGCCGCUUACCGUCGUACUGGUCGGCACCCCACAGUUCGCCGGCCGGACAAUCGGUAAUGUCAUUUACAUUGGCGCUAGAGUUGAUGCGUUGCAAGUAGCGCUUGUACUUUGCCGUGCCCAACACGUUGUCGCGAGAAAUGCAAGGUAUGUCGGGUGAUAUGCUUUCAAAAGCAGUAAAGAAUUUCUCCUUACCCUUAACCAUUAUCCGACCCAAGAUGCCGUAUGCAUCGUCGUCGGCAAUAAAGGGACCCAAUGGCAAAUAGUUUGCGCCGUGAUAAUAGCAACGACCGGUGACCAUAUCUCGAAUAAAAUAGAAACCCAUAAAGCUGCGAAAGUUGUAACUGCAAUUGGCCACUGACCACGGAACAUACAGCCAUGGUUCCAACUCGUCUUUACGGACGUUAGGAAUGUGCUGAAAAAUACUGGACCAUAGCGUUUCGAAAAGCCAGCCGCCCCGGUCCACCUCUAUGGCCAGCGGAAACUUAUCCUCCUCUAAAUUUGUGUACGUAAAUGCCAGCCCAUAAUAGGAGCAUAAAUCUUUCAAUAUGGGUGUUGGAGAGUGUAAUUGAACACUGUGCAAUGCCAUAAUAGUGCAAAAGCAACAUUAUUUUUUUAUUGGUCAACGGAAAGUAGUAAUCUCGUUGCAAACUCUUUGGGUGAAUUUUUCACCGAUGGAGGUGUAAGGGAGGCGAUCGCACUAACAGCGUCCAACCAUUUAUUGAUGGGCCCGUUGGUGUGCUUCAUCCAACAUGAUGACGAUGUUUGUUCUUUGGUGGCAUCACUAAUGAUGUUGUCAAACGGUGAUUUGUAAACAGCAUCGUAAGAUAACAGUACAUCCACAAACCGUUGUUGUUGCUUAGAAGACGGUGGCUGCGGCGGCCGCCGACGACGACGAGGCAUCACGUCCACCCAAUCAAAAGCGUUUAAGAUGCCGUCGUUGCCCAGUGCACCAGAGUAGCUGCUGCAGUCACCGUGACGUAGCAUUGCAGUCACCGAUGGGAGGUAAGAGUCCACAAACACACGACCACUCACCGCACAUUUGUCGUCCAUGGUGCUGUGGAGUUUCAAUAAAGUUUGUUCGAUAGUGUUGGGCGUACUUUUGUUGCACUCACUGCAUCUAUUGAUGUCGGAAAAAGAGAUUCCACGCUUCGAUGACUGGGUCUGCUGCUGCUUCUUUCUUCUCUUCGGUUGUGGAGAUGUACCGUAUGUAGCCUCGGCGAAGCGUUCGCCCGACAAUACGAUCGAUGCAUUCGUCGCAUCGUUGUCCGAUGCGGGCUUGCUCGAGGAGGGCUUGCGCCGCAAAUUGAGCUCGGUCGUAUUCGGCGCCAUGGGUGACAAACUCUAACGACGAGGCAAACGCACGGGAGCGUUGCUCCUUCAGAGAACUGUAGUACACAAUGUGGCGUAUGGGUUGAUCUGUGUGUCGAUCGGGUGACACCACAAAUCUAAUCCCAGGCGUCGUGUCAGUAAUGGUAGCUUCCCCCUUAUCGGUGAUAUACCAUAGGAUGGGACUAGUUAAAAAUUUUGUCUUUUCGAUGCAGAUAGCUAUAAUGUUGAUACGAAAGACCAACACCUCACGACUGUCGGUACUGCUGAUAAGAUCACGCAGGGAAUGUUUGAUCCUAUAAAAGUCCUUACUGUGGCAGUAGAACCUUUGUUGUUCAUCUUCGUCAUUAUUGACUUUACAACUGACGACGUCAUUCACUUUGAUCUUCUUUUUCAGUUGAUCCGAAAGGUCGGUGCGGCCAACAAAUUGAAGCAACGAACGCUUCCUGCUCUUGAGGAGUGCUGCUGCCAUGGCGCAUAAGAAGAAGACGAAAGAUUCCGCUUCCUCGGACGACGAAGACGAAGUGGCCAUCCUGGAGUAUUUUGUUGACGCUGGAUAUGUACCGAAAAAGGGGAAGUUUGCCAACGUUAUCUGCCCGCAGAACUUGUUUCCAAAGUAUGCUCAAUAUAACACGCUCUAUGAUGUGGACAUCACCAAGAAGAAGAUGACACAACAACGGAAGCCUGCUACUGCUGCUACUGCAGCAUCAAUUAUAGAUGCCUACAUAGAUGAACAUAAAGUUACAUAUCCUGGCAAUGAUUGUUAAAGAGGCAAGACAAUCUAGCGGCAUGUAUUGUCUUUGCCUAUAACUGGAAAGGAACGAAGCACCUGUGGGAACGUGAAGACUUUACUGGCUUACCGGCGUCUUUGUCGAGUGUACUACGUAACUGCACUAAUAAAGUGUGUGUACCAGCGGUAGGGGCGGGCUACGGCAACAACGUCAAAGUGACGCCACCAAUAUUUGACCCACUCGUGUUGUUUGGCAUGGCAGAAUCAAGCCCAGACUCGCAUGCAUGCCUGCUGCACUACGUCUACAAGAAGAAGACAGUGGUGUGAUGUCAAUAAAAAAAAUCUCUUUAUUUGCCCA